UUUCAGUCUUUAUUUGGAAAAAAUUUGACAACAAUUUUGAAUGAAUAUGUAGCUAUGAAAGCAAAAGAAACAUCAAAUGAUGUCCCAGCAAUUUUGUCAUCUCUGUGGAAGAAGUUAGACCAUACACUUUCUCAGAUCAGGUAAUAAAAAGCUUAUACAAUAAGCUUAUCAGAAUGUGCAUAAUGAUUUUGGAAUGCAAGCGCGUGUAAGAAUCACUUCACAUAUAAAUCUUAUGACCUACAUUGUGCAUUUAUAUAACACUGAUCUAAUUUUGAAAUUAUAGGUUAUUGAUAUUUCUUUGUCUUUGAUUGAAAUAAUUUGAAAUUAAGUUGUGUAUUUUAAUAAAAUGUUUAAAAAUGAGGAAAUUAAUGGCACUCCCGGGUUCCCAUAACAAUUUAGAGGCAGAUCUCUGGCUGAAUACAAAUCUAGUCCCAGUCUUGGUGAAUGCAAAUCUCCUAACGUGGGCCCCAUGUGACUUCCCUUAUACAGUUGUAUCUUCAUUACACAUGCAGAAAAUUGAUAUGUGGAAUCCAUGCCUCCUUUGUUCUUCCCUUAUAAAGAAACAAACUUGAAUAGUAAUACUUCUGAAUCUUCUGCUUUUAGAAUUAUCACAUGGGACUAAUCUGCCUUCUACAUAUGUCAGGGCCUUGGAAUGCCAGUUUCACCAUCCUUAGAAUAGGUAUCAAUUUUAGAAUGUAUCUUAUUUAACUAGAGUCUAGUAUGAAAACCAUAGUUUCUUACCCUUCUCCGACAGCUACAAGUGAAUACCCCACUUAAGGAGGGGCCUUGUUUCUUUCCUCAGUUUAAACUGCUAGAAUGGCUCCAAAUGCUAUCUGUGUAACUCUGUACCACAUCUUAUUUGGUAGUCUUACUUUUUUUUUUUUUUUUUUUUGGCUGCGUUGGGUCUUUGUUGCUGCGCGCAGGCUUUCUCUAGUUGCGGCGAGCAGGGGCUACUCUUUGUUGCGGUGCAUGGGCUUCUCACUGAGGUGGCUUCUCUUUUUUUUUUUAACAUCUUUAUUGGAGUAUAAUUGCUUUACAAUGGGGUGUUAGUUUCUGCUUUAUAACAAGUGAAUCAGCUAUACAUAUAUCCCCAUAUCUCCUCCCUCUUGCGUCUCCCUCCCACCCUCCCUAUCCCACCCCUCUAGGUGGUCACAAAGCACCGACCUGAUCUCCCUGUGCUAUGCGGCUGCUUCCCACUAGCUAUCGGUUUUACAUUUGGUAGUGUAUACAUGUCCAUGCCACUCUCUCACUUCGUCCUAGCUUUACCCUCCCCCUCCCUGUGUCCUCAAGUCCAUUCUCUACGUCUGCGUCUUUAUUCCUGUCCUGCCUCUAGGUUCUUCAGAACCUUCUUUUUGGUUUUUUUUUUUAGAUCCCAUAUAUAUGUGUUAGCAUACGGUAUUUGUUUUUCUCUUUCUGACUUACUUCACUCUGUAUGACAGACUCUAGGUCCAUCCAGAGGUGGCUUCUCUUGUUGCGGAGCACCAGCUCUAGGAGCAUGGGCUUCUGUAGUUGCAGCACGCCAGCUCAGUAGUUGCAGUGUGUGGGCUCUAGGGCUUGUGGGCUUCAUUGUGGCGCACGGGCUUAGUUGCUCCAUGGCAUGUGGGAUCUUCCCGGACAAGGGUCUAACCUGUGUCCCCUGCAUUGGCAGGCAGAUUCCUAACCACUGUGCCUCCAGGGAAGGCCCAGUAGUCUUUACUCUUAUUCCCCUUUCCUGACCCUCAUCUUUCCUCGCCUUGCAAACAUCCUCAAAGACAUUCAUAGUUUAAUUAACACCUAUGAUUAUUUAUAAGUUACUGCAAUAUUUUAUUGACAAGGUAUUACAUAAAAGAAGAAGGUUCUUAGCCAGGUGUUCUCCAAGAUUGGUUCAUGCAGGGGACACGGGUUCGUGCCCCAGUCCGGGAAGAUACCACAUGCCGCGGAGCGGCUCGGCCGGUGAGCCAUAGCCACUGAGCCUGCACGUCCGGAGCCUGUGCUCCGCAACGGGAGAGGCCACAGCAGUGAGAGGCCCGCGUACCGCAAAAAAAAAAAAAAACAACUGCUUAUUCAGGACUUCCCCGGUGGUCCAGUAGUUAAGACUUUGCCUUCCAAUGCAGGGGACGUCGGUUCCAUCCCUGGUCGGGGAACUAAGGUCCCUCAUGCCAUGGGGUGUGGCAAAAAAAAAAAAAAAAAGUGCUUAUUCGAUUUGGUAAGUUUCGUGGCUCUUGUUGGUAGAGAUUUAUUUGACAGAUUUUUGAGGACAAUGGCACAGUGUCUUACUGUUUACAAAAUAUCAAUACAUGGGUAACUUCAGUUCAUAGUAAAAGGAGAAUCAGCUUGUAUUGUGAAUUUUCUUAUCUGUUUGCUUUGUUCCUUCUUUAGAGCUUCCAUGAAGUAAUGUCAUAGUCAUAAAUUUGAUGAAAGCAGGAUCUCCUUUGAAAUCAACUUGGAUUCUGAAGUAUUUAUGAGCAUGCAAAGUUCCCCAGGCUUUGCUGCCAGUCAGAGAGCCCGAACAAGAAGUGGAAUUGCGGAAAUCAAACGGCAGAGAAGGCUUGCAUCUCAAGCAGCUCCUGUCAGUUCAGAGUUGCUGACUUUACCGUAUCUUUCAGGGCAAUUUACUAAUUCUCCUUUGACAGCUACACAAGUUAUUCGGCCAACUGGCCAGAUUUCAACUCCUUUGAGGUCAAAUUUUGUAGUGGUCAGCCAUUCACAGUCACAAGACACUAUGACCCCUGGAGAGGCUUUAAAUAUCAUUCCUGGUCCUCAGGAAAGGAAAACUCAUGCCAGUUUAAUGUCUCCUGGUAGACGCAAAAGUGAAUCUCAAAGGAAAAGUAUCACUUUGUCUGGACCUCAUUCAACAAUACGGAAUUUCCAGGAUCCAAAUACAUUUGCAGUAGAAAAACAAAUGGUUAUUGAAAAUGCUCGAGAAAAAAUAUUAAGCAACAAAUCUCUUCAAGAAAAACUUGCAGAAAACAUUAAUAAAUUUUUGACUAGUGACAACAAUAUUGCUCAAGUACCUAAGCAAACAGAUAGCAACCCUAGUGAACCAGAGACUUCAAUUGAUGAACUCCUGGGACUUCAGGUAUGGAGUGAAAUCCACAUGUCUGAAGAAGCUAUACAGGAUAUAUUGGAACAGACAGAAUCCGAUCCAGCAUUUCAGGCACUCUUUGAUCUAUUUGACUAUGGUAAAACAAAGAAUAAUAAAAAUAUAUCACAAGGCAUUUCCAGUCAGCAUAUGGAAACCAAUCUCAAUGUAGUCUUAGCAGGUGAAACUAAUCUAGCAGUUAAAGGUUCUUUUGAAACAGGAGAAUCUGAUGAUCAAUCUGGUCAACCCCCAUAUUGUACAUCCUAUCAAAAUGAAGACACAUCAAAUGUUUUGAAGAAUGGCAGCAACCAUGAUGAGCUUAGACAGGAAGCCCAGGAACAUUUUUCCCAGAUAGACUCUAGCAUCCAGAAAAAGGCCUUUAAAACAGUAGUAUCUACUGAACAGAAGUGUAACCUUGAUAUCACCUUUGAGUCUGUGCCUAAUUUGAAUGACUUUAACCAAAGAGUAAACUCUGAUGCUGAAUGUAAUCAGCAUUGUGCUGAAUUAUACACCAGUCAGAUGUCUACUGAAACUGAAUUGGCUAUGGAAGUUGAAAAGAAUUCUUUGUCUCCAAGUGUGCAGAAUGAAUCUCGAUUACAGCCUGAUCAGUCUGAUAUACCAAUAACUUCAUUUGUUUCCCUUGGUGGUGAAACUAACAAUGCGAACUUAAUUCUCUCUGGAAAAACUUCUCAGCUUUUAUCCCAAAAUAUUCCAUUAACUGGAAAGCCAUCUAAAAAAGGUCAAUUUUGUGAAAGUUCUGACGAUACAAGAAGACUUACAACUAAUUUCCAUGGUUCCAAGUCACCAGAUUCUAGAGAAAUUCACCAGAGUAAAAUUGAAAUUAAUAAUGUGUUACCAGUUGCAUCACAGCAACUUUCAGAUUGCCAAGAUAAUUCUUCGCUUCAAAGUAAAAUAUUACCUGUGUCUGUUGAAGGUUCGGGUUUAACUAUAUCUGAACAAAAAGUAGAAAUUCACCUUGGAGAUUCAGUAUCUUCAAUUAAACAACCAUCUAAUGAUUCAUCAUCUGUUAAGUUAAACCAUACAGAUCAUGAACCUCAGCCCUCCACGUCUGAGAAAGUUGCUUUGGGUUCACAAGAGCCUUCAUCUUCUGUAAAAGAAGAUGGAGAUAGUAUUUUUCUAUCUUUAGGUGAAAAUAACUGUGAGGAAGUUACAUUGAUAUCCCCAGAAGCUAAUCCUAUAGAAGAUAUACGUUCUCUUCCUUCAGAAUCUGUGUGUUCUUCAAUGAGGGAUUCUCACCCUGAGUCCCAGAAUACUAGUGAUAAACCUGCUGGCAACAAGUCAGCAGAGAUAGAUGCAUCAAAUAUAGUCUCUCUCAAAAUUAUCAUCAGUGAUGAUCCAUUUGUUUCCUCAGAUUCUGAACUUAACAGUGCUGUUUCUAGUAUCAGUGGAGAAAACUUGCCAACUAUAAUUUUGUCUUCUCCUUCUAAAUCACCUGCCAGAAAUGCAGAAUUAGUUAAAUGCCUGUCUUCAGAAGAAACCACAGAUGCUAUUUCAUCUGCUGAAGGAAUUGGGGAUUCAGCCUCAAUGGAACAGAGCCUUUUAGCACUCAAACCUGAAGACUCUACAGUAAACAACACUCAGAAUGAAGAGAGCAUUGCUUUUUCAGCCAAUGUUACACCAUGUGUUUCCAAGGAUGGAGGAUACAUACAGUUAAUGCCAGCUACAAGCACAACUUUUGGCAAUUCAAAUAACAUUCUGAUAGCUACUUGUGUAACUGAUCCAACAGCCUUAGGAACAACUGUCAGUCAGUCAAAUGUGGUGGUGUUGCCUGGAAAUUCUGCACCUGUGACUGCUCAACCACCACCUCAGUUACAGACACCCCCAAGGUCAAACAGUGUAUUUGCUGUCAACCAAGCUAUGUCACCCAGCUUUUCACAAGGAUCUGCCAUUAUAAUUGCUUCUCCAGUCCAACCUGUACUUCAGGGAAUGGUGGGAAUGAUCCCUGUAUCUGUGGUUGGACAGAAUGGAAAUACCUUUUCUGCUCCUCCUCGGCAGGUCCUUCAUAUGCCUUUGGCAGCACCUGUUUGCAAUAGAAGUAUCCCUCAAUUCCCUAUCCCUCCAAAAUCUCUGAAGACUCAGGGACUAAGAAACAAGCCUUGUACAGGAAAACAGGUAAAUAAUUUGGUGGAUUCAUCGAGUCACUUAGUUGGAUGUCAUGUACAACGAACUGAAGUUCCUGACAAGAAUAUGGCCACAGAUCUUGGGAAAAAAUUGGAAGAAAUAACAGUUCCCUUCUCAGUAGAAAGUAUAGUUCCAACUAGCAAAACCUUUGAAAGCCACAGGCGUGUGCUCUGUUUUGAUAGCACUGCUUCUCCUGUGGCGAAUACACAGGGGACAAAUCAUAAGACGGUGUCCCAAAACAAAGAAAGGAAUGACAUUUCAUUUUCUAAUCUUGACUCACCCAUUGUUUCCUCCACCUUAAAACCCCCUUCUAAUAACGCUCUCAAAAGAGAGAGAGAGAAACCUCCUGUGCCUAAGAUUUUAUCUAAAUCAGAAACUGCCAUUAGCCGACAUACCAUAAAAGAAACUCAGUCAGAAAAGAAAGUUUCACCCACAGAAACUAUACUUGAAUCUUUCCAUAAAGCAACAGCUAAUAAGGAGAAUGAACUAUGCAGUGAUGUGGAAAGGCAGAAAAAUCCAGAAACUUCAAAACUGUCUAAUGGGCAGCAAACUGGGGGUGUACGGAAUGAGAAAACUAUAGCUUCACUGCAAGAGCUAACCAGAAAACAAGGCACAUCCUCAAACAGUAAAAAUGUCAUUUCAGUAGGUGCACCUGUGAAGGAUUUAAAACAAGAACAAACCAAGUCUGCCAGUUCUUUGAUUAACCCACUCACCAAGCAUACCACAGAAAUGUUACAAGAUAUUCAGUGGCAUAGCCCAGUAAAUAGACUCGCUGAUAGUACUGACUUAUCUGUACCCCGGACAUCUGGCUCAGGAGCAGGGGAAAAACAUAAAGAAGAACCUACAGAUGUUAUCAAGGUCCCUUCUAGUAGGCGUUAUGGUGAAGAGAGUAGCACACCCAAAGUAAUGGUCCCUCCUGUCACCCCAGACUUGCCCGCCUGCAGCCCUGCCAGUGAAACAGGGAGUGAAAACAGUGUAAACAUGGCUGCCCAUACAUUAAUGAUUCUCUCCAGAGCAGCCAUCUCUAGGACUACUUCAGCUACUCCUCUAAAAGACAAUACACAACAAUUUAGAGCAUCUUCAAGGAGCACCACAAAAAAGCGGAAGAUCGAGGAAUUAGAUGAGCGUGAACGACACUCCCGUACUUCUAAUAAAAGUCUUGCAAAUUCAUCAAUACCAAUGAAAAAGAAGAAAAUUAAGAAAAAGAAGCUACCCAGUUCAUUUCCAGCUGGAAUGGAUGUGGACAAAUUUUUGUUAUCAUUGCAUUAUGACGAGUAAAUAUUCUGAACAUAUAAGAACAGUAGCUAUUUAAAACUACUAUUCCUUAAACUAUGAGUGUAGGGAAUGAGAUACUGACAGAAUCUGAAAGCAUGACCUGCACUUUCAUUGUACUGAAAUUUCACUUUAUUUCUAAAUCAUGCUGUUUCUAAAGCAGCUUCCUAGUUUGUAAAUAGCUUUACCUUGGUAUAUUUUUAUUGUGGAAAAAACAUUUGCAGAAAUGUGAGUAAAGCCAAUCUGCAAAACUGUGUAUCUUUGACAAUUGUAUAUUGUAAAUACUGUGUAAAUCUUGUUGAAAUAGAGCUUAAAUCAACCUAAUGUUCUUACAUUGUAUUUUUUGGCUUCUUAUGAUCUCUAAUUCUGAGGCUUAUUCAUCUGGAAUAGUUUCUCACUUUGAGUGGGAAAAGUAUACUUUUCCUUAUAAAUUGCCUUCAGUAAUUGUCCCACAAGAUAUCUGAAGACAUAGCCACUAAUUAGUACAAGAGUGAUAAUGAAUUCAAAUGGUAAUAAAGUAACCAGAAAUUAACAAUUUGGGGUUUUUUCUAGAGUGAAUACUUUGCCGCCCCUUCUUAUAAUUGCAGUAAAGAUAAUGUUCCUAAAAUUGUACACUUUAUUUCUUCUGGUUGUUCUGGUCUCUUUGUUUUAAAGAGAGAAUUUUGUAAACCAUUUGAGUGUUCUGAUCUUUUGUUUAUAACUUUUAAGAUCUUUUACAUAACUUUAAGCGUUUAGACUGUUGAGCCAUAAAAAGUUUGGUUAUGUAGUAGUUGAGAUUUCUUGUUAUGUAUAUACUUUUCCCCUAAAUACUGGGGAUUUAAAGAACUGCACUAAUUCAUAGAACUUUUUACAUAGUAGAGACCAAUGCACAUUUAAUUUAAAUCUUGUGUUCUAUGUUAAAGCUUGUAUGCAGGAUUAUCUUUUGUCCUUUUAGAAAGCCAUGUCCAUCAUAAGAUGUAAAAAGAGAAAUCAUAGUUUUCUAUUUUAAUUUAGUUUCUCCUAAAAUGGGCUGUGUUACACUUGGAUAUAGUACGUUGUCUCUGUACCCCUUAAAGUAUUAUAGAGUUUCUCUCAGAAAGUCCUUAAGGAGAAUGAAAGAGGUGCCUUCUCUGUAUUAGACUCACACACAUCAGUCAAGUUGAAGAACUGGUUUAAACCUUUAAAUGAGUACAGAAAUUAUAAUUCGUACCAAUUGUGCCUAGAUAUUAAAGUAUGUUCUCUUAAGUGCUUUCUGUUUUGUUAAAUAUCAGUAUACUAAGGGUUUUUUCUGCAGGUGUAUAUAUUUAUGAGUCAUUUUCCUCAACCAUUUUUUUUUUUAAUACUGGGCCUUUAAAAAACUAAAUCCAUCACUACAUUUCUCAAUUUGGAAAUCACGUCUUACUAGCUGAACCUUACUGCAGAAAUUUGUGUUGUAAUAAAUUUUUAUGAUGUG